AUGCUCAUCACUCCCAGCCUUUUGGGCAGCCUGCUCGCCCUACUAGCUUCUCAGAGCGGCACAGCCUACGCUGCUGACUCGGAGCAGACCAGUGAGGUCGGCGAGACUGUCAAGGGUGAUUACCUCGCUGAGGAGGCGUUUCAGCUCACGGACGCCUCACUUCCCCAGAUUGAUGAGAUCGAUCCCGAUCACGCAUCGCUCUUCUACCCUGAGAAUGUCUCCACCAAGCGUCGAAGUCUGAGUUCGCGCACGUCGACGAAAUGCAAGACUUUUCCUGGGGACUUUCUCUGGCCGAAGGAGCCGGUUUGGAAGUUGCUUGACCUUAUCACUGGUGGCGCUCUCAUCAAGACUGUUCCCAUUGCAGCGUCAUGCUACGAUAACCUUGGUGUUUACGACAAGACUCGUUGUAGUUAUGUCACUGACAAUUGGUCCAACUCCUCUCUGCAUAUCGCCGACCCAACCUCUGUCAUGUGGCCCCUAUACCAAGGUCGCACAUGCCAACCGGGCGAUGAAGUCACAGGAAAAUGCACCCUUGGUGGCUACCCAUCCUACGUCGUCGAUGCGCAAAACGUCUGCCACAUACAAUUGGCUGUUAACCUAGCCCGGUCGCUUAACAUGCGACUUGUCAUCAAGAACACUGGCCACGACUUUAACGGUCGAUCUGCCGGUGCCGGCGCCUUGUCGAUCUGGAUGCAGCGCUUCAAGGGUAUCCAGUUCUUCAAGACCUACAAGACCAAGGGUUAUAGUGGACCUGCUCUUAAGGUUGGAGCUGGUGUCCUUGGCGCUGAGCUUUAUCAGGCGGCUGAGAAGUAUGGUGUUACCGCUGUUGGAGGUGAAGGUUUGAGCGUGGGCUUUGCUGGAGGAUAUCUAGCUGGCGGCGGACACUCGCCUUUGUCCCCUCUCUACGGAAUGGGUGCCGAUCAGAUUCUCAGCAUCGAUGUCGUCACUGCCGAUGGCCAAUUUGUCACUGCCAACCAGGACGAGAACACCGACCUCUUCUGGGCCCUCAGCGGCGGUGGCGGAAGCACAUACGGUGUCGUGACUUCAUACACCGUUAAAGCAUUCCCCAAGAUCAAGGCCUCCGUCAUGACAUUCUCUUUCGGCACCAGCGAUACAGUCUCUUACGAUACCUUCUGGAAGGCUGUAAAGGCAUACUGGAAGGCUAUUCCCACCUUCAACGAGGCUGGUAACUAUGAAUACUGGGGUGUCUUCCAUGGAGCAGGCGACGCGCUCAUCUUUUCUUUCUUCCCUUGGACCUGGAAGGAUCUUGGUAUCGAGCCCGAUGUUACCGCUUCUGAGCAUGAUACUUUCUAUGGAGCUUGGUCUGUCGGUUUCCCUCGAGAGACUGUCGGUGGUGCUAAGACCAAGACUGCUGGUCGACUCUUCCCUACUGAGAACCUCGUAGACUCCGUCAAAUUCGACAAGACCUUCAAUGCACUCAAGGGUCUUUCCGAUAAGGGUGGGGAUGUAAUUGGCUUCGGUAUCACAGGAGGACCAGGCCCUUACCCCGACAACGCUGUCAACCCUGCGUGGCGAGGCGCUGCUAUGUGGGCCAUCUCUGUCAUCAACUUCCCCGAGGGCAGCUCAUGGGAUGUCGUUGCUGAGAAGAGCAAGACAUUGACGAAUGAUUGGAUGAAGCCGUGGAGAGAUGUUACACCUGGCGGCGGUGCAUAUGCCUCUGAGGGUGAUGUCACCGAGCCUAACUUCCAGCAGUCCUACUAUGGCGCUGAUAAGUAUAAGAAGCUUCUUGGCAUCAAGGACAAGGUCGAUCCUAACGGUCUGUUCUAUGCACUUCAGGGCGUUGGUAGCGACCGGUGGUAUGUCACGGACCAAGUUCCUGGCGUUCCUACCCAGAAUGGUCGCCUCUGUCGCGUGUAG